AUGCCCACUGGCGCUCGCAAGCGCAAACGGGCCGCAGGAGCUGACAAGGCAAACAACGACAGCAGCAAGGGAAAUUCCCAACAAGCUUGCAACAAUAAUUCCAAUGGCUCGCAGGAUCCCAACGUGAGCUCAGGCUCGCCCACAGAUGGCGCCAGGAACCCAUUGACCCCUGGUGCCGAGUACACCUCCCUACGCCGCAUCACCCGAAGGCUGCCCGACGACCCAGAGCACCUCCUCGACGGCGUCGACACAACAGCUGCCGACCUCAGCUGGACCGCACGCGACGAAGGCGACGACAUCAACCCCAAAACUGGCCAGCCGUGGCUAUUUCCCAAGAGGAGGGGGAGGAGGGAGGGAUCCAAUCUCGAGGACUUCAGGCAGGAGAUCGAGGAGAGGACAAAGAAUGGCCAGGGCUGCAAGGCCAUCUCCGACGCCCUUGUCGAGAAGGGUGUUGACACCAGCGUCAGGGCCGUCGCGAGGCAGAGGAUGAAAUGGGGUCUCAGGCAGAGGGCACCUAGGCGCAUGACCGAGCAGGGUAUCGCCAACAUCAGAAAGGCUCAUCUCGAACAAGCGAAGCGAAUGGCCAACAAAGACCCCGUACCCGUGAAACGCGUACGAAUCCGCGUUAUGCGCAAGGCAGAGAUCAUUCGCAUGACAAACGAGGGCAUGUCGCCCACCCAGAUAGCAGAGAACCUACAGGCCCGCGGUGUCAAGCUCAAGCGAGGCGCAGCCACCGUCGAGCGGCUCCGUACCGUCUGGGGCCUCGUCCCCGACUCCCAACGCAAUAUCAACAACCUCCGCCAGUUCUGCCGCAACCAGGCUCUCAGACUGCAGAAGACCCAAUUCGAGAAUAUUGCUGCCGAGCUGGGCAUCGAGGAUGUCAAGGCCUGGGUCAAGAGCAAGAUGGACGAGGACGUUGCACAGGACGCUAGGCGUGAGCACGGCUACAAGCUCAUGGGCCAUCUCCGGCCCAAUCAUGUACAUGCCGACCGGUCGGCGCGGGACAGGGAGAGCACGAGUACGAUCAAGGCCGUGGGGGAAACCAAGAAACGCGACGCAGAGUCGGAAGGUGUUGACACGCUCGACCAGCUGGCGGCAUCUGCGUCGUCUAGUGCCUCGUCUGGACCAGGAGCGGCCCAUAACCCCAUCGAGCUCUCCGAUGACGAAGCUGAAUUAGACAGCGAGGGGGACGAGGACGAUGCAGGCGAUGACCAGGAGGCGCCGACCACGGCCUUGAAGCCUCAAUUCUCGUCGUUGGCCAUGGAGCUUGAUCAUCCCGAGCCUGUACCUUCGCAAUCCGCCUCCGCCGUUGACCUGAUCAAUCAAUCGCUUCACUUCCCAGGGGCAGGAUCAGUUCCUGUCUUCAUCGACCCAGCAAGCCAAGCUACUCUGGUACAACCCAUCUUUUCCAGUGUCGCCACAGAUCCAAGUUUCACAGCUGGCAUGUGUUACCCACAAUACUGGCCACAGACAAACAUGCAAGAAGUGCAGCCUGGUUCAGACGACAAUGGUCAGCAACAACCUUCGCACUCUGUCGUGGCACAGCAACCGCAGCAGCAAACGCCCGCAGAAGACUACAAUGCCGCUCCUUUAACCCCUGGCUCGUUCCAGCCUCCCUCACAAGGCUUGCGUGAACCACGGGCGCCGGUCCCACCACCCAUGUCAAUUCCGGGGUCCACGACUCACAGGCUCAUCGCUCCCAAGCCCCCUCAGGUCGUCGUGCAGCCAUUAUCCGGCCAUUCAUUCAUUGCGCCUCAUCUCUCGCCUGUCAUAACACCUCCAGGUGAGGCUGAGCUAAUGGCCAAAUAUGGCCUCUAUCCAUUCGCAACAUUCAAGAGGCCGCCUCAGAAAUACCUCACCCCCAGCGGUUUGAUCACCACAGAAGGUUACGAAUACUUACCCUGUGCUCGUGGGUUUCCAGGGCUCUCCGGCUCAAUGUCCGAUUCCGUCGGCCGUGGAGGUCCACCGCUACCACCGCAGCAGCAGCAACUGCAAGGCUCACCACAACCCACCCUGCUUCCCCAAAAUUACAUCCCUACCCAACAGCCAUCAAACUCACAGCAUCUCCCACCCGGCGUGAUCAUGGUGUCUCCCCCAGCUCCACCAAAGAUAAGCAAAAUCCCCGCUCCUCCGCUGGUUAUCCCACUCGAGGAGGCCGAGAGACACAGAGCCAGCCACAGCGCCGUCGAUCUGUACCACAAGGCUGCGCUCGAGUGCAUGGAGUACCUCGCCGCGCGGGCGGAAGCCCGACCAGUAGCCAACAGCCUGACCGGCAUGCCGCCUAGCCUGAAGGAUGUCGAGGAUGCCAAAGGCAGGCUGAAGGAGGCGGCUGGGGCGAUGCUUGCUGCUAUUUGA